AAAACUAAAACACCCCCCUCCAUUCUUCCAUCUCUAUUCUCUUCAAUCAACACAAUCUUCUCUCUCUCAAAUCCCUCUAAUCCCCCUUUUAUCACUACGGAAAGCGAUUUCGAAAUUCCAAGUCACAGAUGGAGCAGGCCGCAACUUCCACCAGCUCUCCGUUGGCUUCUCCAACAGAGGACGAAAUCGCCGUCGCCGAAAUCCUGCUCAAUCUCAAGACCAUGAUGUUGCCGCUAUCUGAAUCGCUGCCUGAUUGCAAUUGGGGCUGCCGGAGGAAGAGAUCUUGCCUUGUGUCGCCGCCCUCAAUUAACACAAUUGAACACAGAAAAACUCCAACCACUCGCACCACCGCCAGCCCCGACACGCCGCUCAUCUUCUCCGCCACUGAAUCCGAUGAUAAACCCAAGCAUUCCUCCAAGAAGAAUAAGUCAAAAGGAAGGGAGGAUUACUUGGAUUUGAUUGAGGAAGAAACAAAGCGGAAGAAGUUGCUCAGAGGGGAGAUUGCGAAUGUGAAGAAAUACUACGACAAGCUCAAGGAAACCAACCGCCGUCUCAGAGCAAUGAAACAGGAGGCGAUGACCAAGUGUGGAUCGGUGAAAAGCGGGGAGCCACGUGGAUUCGAUCUGAACCUUCCAGCUGAAGAGGAAUCAGGCGGCGUGGUGAUAUAUUGGCCGUUGGAUGAUGAUAAACGGGCCAGAUCUGCCGAAGCAAGGAGGAAGAGGAUACGAAUAAUCAAGUCCAAGUCGACUAGGAAAUAGUAACACCUGCUCAAUAACUAAACUAAAAUCAAUUUAUUCUUUUUUGUUUCAAAUUAGCCACUCUAGGAGUAAUGUUCUUUGGGGAUAUAUUUUUGUAGUACUAUAUUCCAUCAAAUCUUUCAAGAUUUGGAGAAAGCGCUAAAUCGCGCAUACUAUAUUACUAUUACUAUUACUAUUA